CAGCAAUUGCUCCACAAAUCGCAUAUUCCCACACCUUUAAAGGCUCAUUAUUGGUUAAAUGCUUUCUAACUUGAUGGUUCAAGAAUUCCAAAAUCGGGAACUGUAUUGCGGAGAAUGGUAAAUCUCUGAGUAAGGUGGAACCAAAACCUCUAUAUAAACCCUACAAAAUAUUUUUUGACACAGAAUAUCUAAAUUAUAAUUUAUAAUUUACAUACUAAGUGGCCUUCCUUUAAAACGUUUGCAAUUAUAUGGCUGUAAGUAUCAUGUGUAGUUUGCCUUCUUUGCUUUAUUACUUCUAUAGGAACACGCACCAAACAUGCCAUCUAAAACAAAAUUAGCACAAAAAAUACAAAUUACAACAAAAAAAUUACCACUUCCGCAAUUGAAGCACUCCCCAUAUACAUCACAGGCGCAUACGGCGAAUCAGCGUAAGGAUCACACAAGAUUUUUAAAGAUUCGUAAGUUAAAAAGAAUAAAGAAGCUAAAAUCACAUUUUUAGAGUAAAAAACACUUAGUAUAAUUUGGCAACGCCGCACAACUUAUGCCACUCUUUGAUAGAUGGCGUUGACGUCAAAUUGAGGUUAUGUACCUUGCGGGCCGCUUCCUAUGGCUUGUCCAGCGAUUCCUCUGUAAAUUCCUCUAAAACCCCCUGAUUUUCGGAACCCCUGUGCCGCCUGCAGUCUUGUUUUAAUUGUGUCCAGAGGGUAUAAUACCACGUCGACAAAUAAACCAGCGACUCCACCUCCCUAAAAAAUAGGAUAUUUUGAAGACCCCCCGUAUUUUUCGCACGUGCUUUUUUUGUACUUACGCAGAGGGAUGAGAGGAGCAGCUUUUUACUAUCAAUUUCGUCUGCUUGUAGCAUUUUCAAACCAAAUUAAGUAAAACCAACUAAAAAUCUGUUUUAUAUAAAAUAAUGAGUAUAAUAUAACUUAUUGUACUUACAAAUCAUACUCAUACUCGUUAAGAAUUUUAACUAAUUUUUAAAUUAACUACGUUAAUUAAUUUAUAUCAAAGCAUGAUACCAAUGUUCGCAUGACAGAUUACGUAAAUAAAACAUAACCCCAAAAAUCUGACAGCUGAUAAACACAAAUAUGGGCAGAAAUGUGCUAAAAAGCAGUCUACAAAAUGCCUCAUUUAGUAUUAUAUUUCAGAUUUUAUUUAGAUGUAUCACCUUUAUUUUAAACGCUUUUAUUAUAAGAACCAUUGGGCAAGAUGUCUUGGGUAUUAUGAAUGUGAGGCUCCUCUUACUGGAGUCCACCAUAUUAUUUUUAUCCAAAGAACCAAUAAUGAAAGCUUGUCUUACAAAUACUAAGGCGCACAAUUGGGCACAAGUGAUCAACCAAGUUUGGUUAUCGGUACCAAUAUCGGGUUUACUGAGUUUAGUGUUGGUUUAUGUUUGGGUUAGUGUUUUAACACCCACAGAUGAGCAAUAUUUGGCACAGUAUAGAUUAGGAUGUUACGCUAUAGCACUUUCUUGUAUUAUAGAGCAAAUGACGCAAAGUGUUGUGCUUGUGGCGCAAAGUUUUUGCUUUGUUAAACUUAGGAUUGUAUUUGAGACGAUUUAUAUCCUAUCAAGGACUUUUAUUUUUGUUUUUUUGGUUGUUAAAUAUCCCUCAAGUGCUAUAAACGCAUUUUCUAUAGCUCAAAUUAUUUCUGCGGUUAUUUUAUGCGGUUUAAACUAUGGGUUUUUUAAUUGGUACAUAAAUAAUUUGAAUGUAAUUAGGGAUAAGAAAAAUGAUAACAAAAUGAAGGAGGAUGGUUUAUACAAAGACAUGAACGAUUUUCCUUUUAGCAGUAUUUUUGAUUUUUUUCCUGGUAUAAUGGAUAAUAUUGAGAAACCAUUAAACAAAGAUUUAUGUGUUUUAACAGUAAGUUUUGUUAAGCAGUCAGUCAUAAAACAAGUUUUAACUGAAGGAGAAAGAUAUGUAAUGACUUUAUCGCCUGUGUUAACAUUCAGUCAGCAGUCUUUAUAUGAUAUUGUAAAUAAUUUGGGAAGUUUGGCGGCAAGGUUUAUUUUUAGACCUAUAGAAGAGAGUGCGUAUUUUUACUUUACUCAAAUGAUUAAAAGGGAUGAAAAAAUACAACAGCAAGAUCAGAGUCAUAUUUCUGAGUCUGCAAACGUUUUAAGCCAACUUUGCAAGGUAGUGACAAGCAUUGGACUGGUUGUAGUUGUUUUUGGUCAAGCAUACAGCCAUAAUUUGCUGUAUUUGUAUGGAGGUUCGAAACUGGUUGAAACUGGUUUACCUGUCACUUUGCUGCAAUCCCACAGUUUUGCCAUUGUUUUACUCGCUAUUAACGGCGUUACUGAAGGUUUUGUGUUUGCUACAAUGAGUAACAAACAGUUGGAUAGGUAUAACUAUUUAAUGGUUGUUUUUUCUGUGAUGUUUUUACUGAUUUCGUAUGUUCUAACAAAUAUUUUUGGUCCAGUUGGUUUUAUUUUAGCUAACUGUGUUAAUAUGACUGCAAGAAUUAUACAUAGUAUUAUUUACAUUAAUAGGAUGUACAAGGGUUCCCCAUACAAACCACUAAAUGGCUUGUACCCUGGAUUUAAAUUCGUAGCUAUUCUAAUACUAUCUUUUAUAGCUACAAAAAUAUCUGAGGCAUAUUUCCAAAAAUCCAUCACAAUUCACAUCUUAAUAGGUGCCAUUUUCUUUUUAAUGACUGUAUUAACUUGGGCAUUAGAAAAUAAAGCAUUAUUACAACUUGGUUAUGAAAAAUAUAAACGAAGACUAUCCCUUAAAGAAGAAUAGUUUCAAUAACAAUGAUAAAAAUAAUAAUAAUACCUCCAAAGUUUGUGUGAUAUGAUUAUUUUAUAUGUAUAUAAAAGAUAAUUUAUAUAAUUUAAACAAAAUAA